UGGUGCUGUUUGUGUGUAAUGUGAUGUGAUUAUUUGUGAAAUUUAAUAAAGUGCAAGUUAUUGACGUUUGUGGAUUUGUUCAGAAAAUAGAAGAUACUAUUAUAGACAAAUUUACAAUGAUUCUGUUUCGAGGAAUGGCUUAUAAGCAUAAAUACCUGACGGAUGUGAAAAGCUCAUAAAUUAAGAAGUGUUAUAUCGAUUAGAAGCGAAGCCGAAAUAGAGUCGUAGCAACGAUGCCUAUACCAAAGCGUCUUGUUGAGCCCGUGCACGUGGCCAGGGGCACUAUACCUGAAGACUUUCCAUUACCAUCUGAACUUGAAGCAGCAACUAAUGGAACUCUAGCUAAUACUGUCCGGCAACUUUCUUCUUUAAGCCGGCAUGCAGAAGAUUUGUUCGGUGAAUUAGCAAAAGAAGCUGGAAAUAUUAGUGAGAGGACAAAUUCACUUCAAGCCCGAAUAGAUAGACUGGCUAUAAAGGUCAAUCAUCUAGAUAGCACAGUCGAAGAAGUAUCUUUACAAGAUAUUCACAUGCGGAAAGCGUUCAAAAGCAAUGUUGUGUUUGAUCAGCAAAUAUUUUCUAGAGAUACUAUGCCUACAGCUAUGUUAGAAACCUAUCAACUUUGUGAUAAACCGCCUCCUCUACACAAAUUGAAUUGUUAUCGAGAUGAUGGGAAAGAUGGUUUGAAGUUCUAUACAGAUCCAAAUUACUUCUUUGAACUAUGGAGACAGGAAAUGUUAAAAGAUACUGAAAGAAUGAUGCAUGAUAAAGUCAAGAAGCCGCAUCGAAUGCGUACAGAUGGUGCAGGAGGAGCUGGUGGAGGCGGCAGACAUAAGAAACGUGUUCGCGUACCACACAAUACAUGCGAGAGACAGAGGCAGUUAGCGGUAGGACAUGGUGAAACGCUUAUGCCUCAUAAUGUACAGUAUAGGACACCGCAUGCAGUGGAUCCUCGAUAUGGGGAUGAUGGUCUUAUUGGUAUGACUAUAGGUGAUCGUCCGCCUAGGCCAAAUUCCAUUGAGUUGAGGCGUAGUUACAGCAAUGCAAAUGAAGCAGUGGAUGGAGGUUAUGGUAUGAACCCCCCAUCCCCACAUCACCUUCAUAUGCAGCAGCAACAGCAAAAUGCUCAACAGAACGCCCCUCCAUCGCCGCAGCACAAUCAUUAUGCGGUGCAGUAUACUGGCACAGGUCAAACGUAUGAUGAAACGUUGCUUUAUCAAAGUGCGGGGCUGGGGCCGAUGAGCUCAGAGAGUUUAUAUGCGUAUGGUGCAGGAGGCGGUACCCCAUCCCGCACAAGGCCACGGCCGGCGCAUCCGCCACCUGCGCCACCGAGCAAUGGCAGCGGUGGGGGCACGCCAAAUGUUUCAUGUGCUAAUACACCAACCAGGGGACGAGAUAAUUUACCGCCUCCACCGCCACCACCAGAAUCUAUGACGUCUCCACCUGCACCCAUAAACGGCGUUGCAGCGCACAUAUUAGCACGCAACUCACAAUCUAAUUCUCGCAGCGGUUCUCCAAUGACUUCCAAUACUAACAACAUGAAUCAAGAUGGAAAUAUGUACCAUGGAAAUCACAUUCAAAAUAAUACUCAAACUGGAGCUGGUAUGAUGAUGCACACACAGAACACUAAUUCAGCCCAUCAUCAUUUGGCACAGCAAAAUGCUAAUUUGUUUGCGCAGUUAAAUUCGCAAUUGAACACAAUUACAAGUCAAUUGAAUUGUGCUAAUGAAAUGAAUGAUUUACCACCUCCGCCUCCCAUUCCAGAACAGAACCCAGCAGCACCCCCACCGCCGCCUCCGCCUCCACUGCCAUUGGACGGAGCUACAACUUUAGCAAAUGGUGAUGCUACCAAGAGCCCACCUCCUUUGAAUAAAAUGUUAUUAAAUAAUGGUGGAAGCCCGCCGAAACUUAGUCCGCCAAAGAAGUCUAUGCUACCUCCCAUUGUAGAUCCAAGAAAUGACUUGCUCAAGGCUAUAAGAGAUGGCAUCAAGCUACGCAAAGUUGAGAAGAUAUCCCAGAAAGAAGUUGAACGUGGCAAUGCUUUUCACGAUGUCGCUUCUAUACUUGCUCGUCGCGUCGCUGUCGAAUUUAGCGACAGUGACAGUGCCAGCGAUAGCGAAUAUGACAGCGAAGGUUGGGGCGAACAAGAGACGUCCGCGUGACGUGACCAUAGCGCCAUGGGCGCUGAAAUCAACAUCAAGACACCACCGUCUACGAUCGCGCAGCGUGUGGGAGGUAGGUGUUAGUAGGCCGAUUCAUACUAAUUGAAUAAUCUAAUAGUUAAGAGCUGUACAUUAAGGUAAUCCCGGUGAGAAUAAUGUGUUUGAAAUGAAUGGCUAAUUUAUGAAUAACUAUGUUUGAUGUUAGAUCUAUCGCAAAAUGCAAGUAGAAGUUCUUUAUCAUCACUUUGUUUUUAAUAUGGUUUACAAAGUUACCAGUAACAUAAAAUAUUGUUUUUUCUACAUAGUUUCGCUUUUUAGUACUCACUGAUAAAUUUUGUUUUAUGGGUAUAAUACAA